AUGUUAACAGUGUCCAUAAGCGCCAUCGGCUUCUCUGGGCUCAGAGGCAUCGGGGAUGGACCGUCAUACAGUAGAAACGUGUACUGUGGUCAGAUGAAUCAGUAUUUCAGGUAUUUUUGGGGAGAAAUGGACACCGUGUGCACCGGACCAAAGAAGAAAAGGAUUAUCCAGAUCCUUACCAGCAACAAGUCCAAAAGCCAGGGUCUGUCAUGGUAUGAGGUUGUGUCAGUGCCCUUGGCAAAGACAGCUCAGCCGGACCCAGUCGAGAUCCAACGGCAGCAAGAAGCAAUGCAACGAGCUGCAGUAAGAAAGGGCACAAAGUUUCAGAGAAUGAAUUCAGGCAACCUCGCGGAGAGAAAGCAUGUGGAUGUUCAGACUGAAUUAUACUUGGAGGAGCUGAGUGAUCAUAUUGAGGAUGCCAGUGUGGAAUGCCAGACAGAUGCAUUUCUGGACAAGCCAGCAAAGACGCAGCGACACAGAUUAAAGAUGGAGAGAAGAGACAACUUUCUGUUUGACUUUGAUCUGGAGGUUGAGCCAGUGUUGCAGGUGUUGGUAGGAAAGACCAUAGAGCAAGCUUUGCUAGAAGUACUGGAGGAAGAAGAGCUGGCUGGGUUGAGGGCUCAACAGCUUGCAUUCCAGGAGUUGCGUAAUGCUGAAUUGGUGGAAGUUCAACGACUGGAGGAGCAGGAGAGGCGCCACAAAGAGGAGAAGGCCCGGAGGAUUAAGCAGCAAAGGAUGGUGUUGAAGAAAGAAAGAGAAACAGCUGAGAAAAUUGCUACUAGAACAUUUACCCAGCAAUAUCUUGCUGACCUGCUUCCCUCAGUCUAUUCAAAAUUGAGAGACAAUGGAUAUUUCUAUGACCCAGUGCAGAGAGAUAUAGAAACUGGAUUCCUUCCCUGGCUGGUGGCAGAAGUCAACAACACUCUGGAAAAGCAACAAGCCCUUAACGUGACAAACUCUCAAACUAACCAACAAAGUUUAUCCUAA